ACCAUAAACCUAAUGUCAAAUAUACAGAAGAGUCUCUUCUAAAAUCAGCCAAUAUUGUUGCGUGUACUCUAACUUCCUGUUACACGAGCUACCGUAUGAAAAAAGUUUUUGGUUCUGGUUUGGAAAAAAUACCGAUUUGUAUUAUUGACGAGGCAGCUCAAGCAACUGAAUUACUCACAUUGGUACCGUUGUUACUUAAUAUUGACAGAUUAAUUUUAGUAGGAGAUCCUCAGCAAUUGCCUCCAACUAUCUUAUCUCAGAAAGCAAAAGAUUACGGAUACGAUUCUUCGCUCUUUUCUAGAGCUCAGUAUUUGUUUGAAAAUGAAUUAAAAAACCCUAUUGUCAUGUUGGACACGCAGUAUCGGAUGAUUGAUGCAAUUUCCCAGUGGCCAAACCGUUAUUUUUAUAACGGUGCCAUACAGAAUGGUGCUUCGAUUACGCCAUUGAACAUUUGUAGAUAUAAAUUAUUUAACCAUUCUUAUUCGCAAGAAGUAAAUGGUCAUUCUAAUCUAUGUGAAGCUAAGCUUGUAGUUAAAAUUGUCAGAAUGUUCACCGAUAAAAUUAAAUCAAGUAAUUGCGAUAAAGAAAUCAGUAUUGGCGUAAUUACUCCUUAUCAAGAUCAGCGUAAACUUAUUAAUGUAUUUCUUAGUCGACCGUAAGU